GCGAGUCUGCAGUAGGCUUGGGGAGAGAGAGAGAGAGAGAGAGAGAGAGAGAGAGAGAGAGAGAGAAAGAGAAUGGGAAUGGCGGAAGAUCUGACAGCGCUGCGGGCUGCUGUUGAGGCCGAUCAAGGGGAUGUGGCGAGGGCAGGAGACACUGUGAGGGAACAACUGAAAGCUCGAUUGGCCACGGAAGGAGCAUCUGUGGCCGGUAAAGCUGCCAUAGACGAGGCGAUUGAGCAGUUGAAGAGAUGCAAGAUUCGACUGGAAGACUCUAUGAAGCAGUACACGUCGAAGUCCGGUGGGGCUAAAGGUGACUCGGCGAAUCGUGAGGCGUUUAACGAGGCUGUGAAUAAUGCUUUGAGGCGCCGUUUGUUCUACAUUCUGGCGUUUGAAAUUUAUGGCGGCGUUGCCAGUCUUUACGACUACGGUCCCCCUGGGAAGUUUACCGAUUUGAUGGUGAAGGACGUGGUGAAGCACACGUGUUAUCGUGCCGAUCAUCUGUUGAAGGACCACAUCGAGAAGCUGAUUGAGAAGGACCUGUUGAUGGACUUAAAGAGGAAGGACGAGUUAAAGACCAUUCUUGUACGUGUUGAUGAACUGACAGAAAAGGAGUUGGGUUCACAAAUCAAGGCGUUUGGCAUCAAAGCUCCGGAGACGGGAAAUGACCUGUCCGAUCCGUACGCAUUCAACCUUAUGUUCGCUACAGACAUCGGCCCACCGGGAGAUCAAAAGGCGUUCUUACGCCCGGAAACUGCACAGGGUAUUUUCGUCAACUUCAAUCAUCUGCUUUAUUACAAUGGCAACAAGCUUCCCUUCGCUGCUGCGCAGGUUGGACAAGCCUUCCGCAACGAGAUUUCCCCGCGAGCUGGUCUUCUCCGUGUACGCGAGUUUACACUGGCUGAAAUUGAGCAUUUUGUGCAUCCUGACAAUAAGUCACAUCCAAAGUUCGCGAAUGUUGCUGAUCUCAAGUUCCAGUUGUAUCCUCGCGCAGAGCAGCUGGGCCCGAAGGAAACGGUGAUCAUAUCACUUGGUGAUGCUGUGAAAACGGGUACUAUCAACAAUGAGACACUUGGGUACUUCAUCGGGAGGAUGUAUCUCUUCCUGACGGAGCUUGGUAUUGAUAAAGCGAAGCUUCGGUUCCGACAACACUUGCAGCAUGAAAUGGCGCAUUAUGCAACUGACUGCUGGGAUGCGGAGAUUGAGUGCACCUAUGGUUGGGUGGAGUGUGUAGGGAUUGCGGAUCGGUCUGCUUAUGACUUGACUUCUCAUGCGGAUGCGAGCAAGAAAGAUCUGGGUGUCUAUGAGCCGUUUGAUACUCCAAGGGAAGUAGAGGUUCUGUCCGUGGUUCCCAACAAGAAGGAGAUUGGCAAGACGUUCAAAAAGGAGGGGAAACUCGUGGAGAGUUACCUCGAGUCGUUGAAGGAGGAGGAAGCAAUGGAUUUGAAGUUGAAGUUGGAUGCAGCAGGGAAGGCAUUGAUAAUGCUUUGCACCAAUAACCAGCAGUUCGAGCUGGUGAGCUCUAUGGUGAGGAUCGCCAAGGAAAAGAAAAUUCAGAAGGGAAGGAACAUUGUCCCAGUUGUGAUCGAACCUUCUUUCGGCAUUGGCCGAAUCAUCUAUUGUAUGUACGAGCACUCGUUCGGAGUGCGCAAGGACGAUGAACAGCGCACAUUCUUCAAGUUUUUGCCCCUUGUGGCUCCGAUCAAGUGCACGGUCUUCCCCCUGGUUCAGGACAAGAAACUGGAGACGGUGGCCAUGAACAUCGCUGCUGGUUUAACGGCUACUUCUCUAUCAAACAAGGUUGAUGUGACAGGGAACACCAUCGGGAAGAGAGAUGCAACAACGGACGAGCUUGGGGUGCCCUUUGCGAUUACAGUGGAUUUUCAGAGUCUCCAGGACAGUACGGUGACCUUGAGGGAAAGGGACUCCUGCAACCAGGACACCGGGGCACUGCCACGACGCAGUGCCAGAAUCGCAGUUCGUGCCCGCCCUGCAGUACCUCCAAGACCGAAGAAACUCAGCAGGCGGACGACUCCAGCAGCAUCGAGUACGGCAUUGACGGUACAAGACGCCACCGGAGAUCAUCCCGCAUACCCAGUCCGAGGAGCCAAUGAGCCAGCGGCUGAUUAUCGUGGGCGGCUACAGGCAUUUACGGAAGCCGUAGCUGCCGUCGAGGCCCGGAAGGAGACAGCAGAGGCAGAACGUCAGCGGCUAGCCAAUGAAGCGGCAGCCGAAGCUCAGCGAACGACUGAGACUGACGUAGAGACACGAGACAGAYGGAAUGCCAGCAGCACGGAGUCCUUGAUUGCUUGUGAGCAUCAGUGGACGACGAUACUCCAAGRCAUGAUCUUUGUGCCUACGGAAAUGCGGGCAGACCCGACACCGGCGGAGGCAGAGAGAAGUAACCUGGCUAACUUGCUGCUGGGCAUGAUGAGAGGUAUUAUGUGGAAUAAUAYACUGCUGCAUUCACAUCUGCGCACGGACGCGACGCAGCGACAAACAUACAAGAACGAUAUGACUGCGUUAACAACUGCUAUCCGCACAGAGGCAACGCAGCAGCAGCAACAGCAUCAUUUGUUGAAUUCCACUAUCACACGCGUCAACAGCAUAGAGGCUAACGCCUCAGCAGCGCCAGGCUGCACGACAGACGUGACGAAGCAACUCAACGAGCGCAUCGAUCACGUCGUCACCAUCAUCGGCGACACAAGUACUUUCAACGGACCAGACUCGAUCAGCAGCACGGUGGCCGCCAUCAAGACGGACAUCACCAAGCUACAGACGAGACCGGAAGCCGCUACAAAGACGUUCAAGAUGCCGCACUUUGACAUCAGCAAGUUCGAUGAUUACAACAAGUCGGACGCCUUGUCAUGGUGGCAACGCUUCCUCACGGAAGCAUCAUGCCGCAUGGUCCCGGCGGACGACAUGUUGAAGGCAGUAUAUCUGCAGCUGAUUGGAGGAGCGCAGGGAUGGAUGAACCACCUAGCGGCUACACACAWGUGCACUAUCACCGAACUCCACACGCACAUUACGUGGAAGGAGUUCGAGCAGCUAUGGUUCACCAGAUUCAUGGUCCGCAACGUCGUGAAGAUGGCCAUGAACGAGGUCUACACAUGCUCUCAAGGGAACAUGCCAACGCGAGACAGGGCAUCAAAAUGGCAGAAGAUAGUGACUACGCCAGGCUUCGACUUGAUGUUCCCUAAUCAACGAUUCCGAGUUCUUCUCGAGAUCGUGCGCAGGAUUGCGGUCGGCACUCGGCAACGAGUACGACUAUACUACGUUCCAGGCCAUUCUGGAUAGAACAAUGCCGUGUGCCAAGCGGACGACAAGGCCGCUAACGAGAGGCAAUCCCAGCCGCAUUA